GAACCUUGAUGCUCUUCGAGGUUUCCUACUAUCCAGAUGGGCACGAGGCUCAUAUGGUUUGGGUUCUAGCGUGCUCACACCUGGAUCCCAACGCUUGUUUCUGACAUCUUAUUUCCCCAACCACGCCUGGAUUUCAAGCGAAGUGCACAUGUCCGCAGCUGUGCUCCUUGCCGUCAUCCGUUGUCCUUGCCGCGGACGUCCAUUAUUAAUCUUAUUUUCUCCCCUCGAUUAUGCUCUCCGUCCGGAGGCAGUCCGAACCUCUUUUUCGCGUCUUGUGUCUUUAACAAUGCAGCUUCGGGUUGAUCCCGCUGAUUGCACAGGAAUCGUCUUUCCCGAAAGGCGUGUCCAGGGUGAGGUAAAAAAAACGCUGCUUUCAGCGUAUAUAAGGCCCUCUUGCCUGGUAGUAAUAGGCUUUGAGUUUCUUCAACAUCUUAUCCUCUCGAACAUCAAAGCUCCACUCAUAUUUACGCUCAUCGUCCCGACUCCUAACGCAUAAUGUAUUCCUUUGCUCUUUUCUUCAUCACUUUGUGUAUGUCUUUGGUCGCGACGUUCGCGGCUCCGAUCGAUGUAAACUCUACGCUCGAAAAACGUAUCACGCAUUGGGGACGGGGAACUUGGUUCAACGUGGGGCUUGGAGCCUGCGGCGAAUACAACGUCAACAGCGAUCCCAUAGUUGCCAUCUCUUCCGAUAUCUAUGGAAGCGGAGGUAACUGCGGUCAGUGGGUGCAUGUCACCAAUACUGCGACUGGCCAAAGUGCUUAUGGCAUGACGCGCGAUGAAUGCCCAUCCUGCGCUGCAGGUAGCUUAGACAUGUCACCCGGUCUCUUUGAACAGAUCGGGGACCUUAACACCGGCGUUUUGUCUAUUUCAUGGAAUUUCAUGAACAAAGACUGGUCGCCAUAGACUUGCAAUCUCCCUUAGGGCCGCCAGCGCUAUCAUCGCUUUCUUUUUUUUCUAUUGGGCUUUUGGAAUAUUACGACAGACAUCAACUGAUGAUGUUAUAGAUGCGCAUAGGCGCGUUUUUCGCUUAGAAGAAACCAGAAGUACUUAUCCACAAUUUGUAUCUUUAUGACGCCUGUUAUUCGGUUGUUGCUUUUCUAACUUGGCUCAGGAAGCCUAUUAACGAAUAACUUAUAUGUAUCUGGCCUUUGUACUGUACCUUACAGAACAUGAAAUUGAUGACAUUUGGAAUAGA